AUGAGAUUUACAUUGAUCACCAUUGUUGCUUCGCUCAGCGCUUCCGCUGUUCAUUGUUCUAUGAUUGGAUCCGGAUCACUUGUGACACGAGCUGGCGAGAAAUCCAUGUCCGAUGCUCUCAAUACUACCUCUGGAAACGGUAGCUUGAUUGAACCAAGUAGCAACAGCAGCUCAGUUAACGGUACACAAGGACGCGGUAAUCAAUCUAUGCCUGAUAACAACUCCACCUUGCCUUCUCUCAAUACCACUACUGGAAACGGUAGUUCGAUUGAACAAGGUAACAAUGCUACUUCAGUCAACGGCACCGAUGGUAGGCCAACUCCCGAGACCAAUUUAACUGGAGCAUCCAACUCUACUGGUAACGGUACCAGCUCUGUUACAAACGGCACUGCGAACCCACUCUUAGGUCCACUUCCAAAGAACGCAAACAUUGAUCAAAAGAUUGCAAGACUCGAAGCUAAAAUUGUGGAUCACAAGCAAAAGCUUGAACAUGCAGAAAGCAAAUUGGCCGCAGAAAAACAGAAACUAUCACAGAUUUCUGGUCAUGAUCACAUUGGAAAUAACUCAGCACCUAUUGCACCUCGCUCUUGA